UGCUGGCGGCCCGCCUUGAGCCCCCGGGGGCGCAGACUGCGAUCGGGGAGUCCCCGGGGAGCGUCGUCCCCCACACGCGGCCGCUGCUCUGAGGGCGACGGCGCGGACGCCCGGGGACCCGCCCCCGCGCGCAGUCCGAUGGCAGCGGUCGCGCCGAGCGCCCUGCCUGAGGCGCCGCUGGCCGCGCAGGUGCCCCCGGGCUGCACGCAGGGCUGUGUGACCUUUGAGGACGUGGCCAUUGACUUCUCGCGGGAGGAGUGGGGGCUCCUGGAUGAGGCUCAGAGACACCUGUACCACGAGGCAAUGCUGGAACACCGCGCCCUUGUCACCUCACUGGUUUGUUGGCACGGAUCAGAGGAGGAAGACACACCUUUCAAAAACUGUGUUUCUGUGGAAGCAUUGUCACAGGUCAGGACAAUAAAGGCAGGUUCUUCCACCUGGAAAACUCACCCCUGUGACUUGUGUGUCCCAAUCCUGAAAGACAUUUUGCACCUGGUUGAUCUUCCUGGCCAGAAACUGGAUGUAGUCAGGGCAUAUGCAAACCUGCACCAGCUCCAAGAGCAUUACUGUACAGAGAAACACGCCAGGAGGAACGUGGAUAAGCUGUCGUUUGUGAAGAGCUGCAUAUUCCAUGUGUCGGGGAACCCCUUCAUCAGCUCAAAAGCUAGGAAAGAGUUUCCAGCUGCACUAGGCCUUCUCCAGCACCAGCAGCUCAUUCCCAACAGUGAGAAGACAGCCCAGACCUCUGACCAUGGGGAGGCCAUUCACAGGGGAAGAGGUCAUUCCCAGUGGCGCAAAUGUGGGAGAGCUUCCAGCCACAAGCACAGUCUUGUCUGCCACCUGAGAGUCUCCACUCGAAAAAAGGUCUUAGAAGCCAGCAGAUACGGAAAAGCACUCCUCUGUAAAUGCUCACUUGUUCAGCUCCAAAGAGCUCACGGUGGAGAAAGGCCCUAUGAGUGCAGUGAGUGUGGGAAAGCUUUUAGGCAAAAAGCCACUCUCAUUAUACACCAGAGAGUUCACACUGGAGAGAGGCCUUAUGUGUGUGGCGACUGUGGGAAGGCCUUCAGUCAGUGCUCUAACCUGAUUGAACACUGCAGGAUUCACAGUGGAGAAAGGCCUUAUGAGUGUAAGGAAUGUGGGAAAGCCUUUGGAUGCAAAUCCAAUCUCGUGCGGCACCACAGAACUCACACUGGGGAAAAACCUUAUGAGUGCAGUGAGUGUGGGAAGUUCUUUAGACAAAGCUUCACCCUUGUUCAACAUCGGAGAACUCAUACCACCGUGAGGCCUUAUGUGUGUGUCCAGUGUGGGAAGUCCUUUAGUCAAAGAGCCACUCUCAUUAGACACCAGAGAGUUCACAUUAGUGAAAGGUUUUAUGAGUGUGGGGACUGUGGGAAAGCCUUUGGAUCCAAAUCCAAACUUGAUCGGCACAAAAGAAGUCACACUGGAGAGAGACCAUAUGAGUGUGCCGAAUGCGGGAAAUCUUUUAGACAGAGCUACAGCCUCAUUGAACACCAGCGAUUACACAGCAGAACACGGCCCUUUGAGUGUGGCCAGUGUGGGAAAUCCUUUAGCAGAAGAGCCAUCUUCACCAAACACCAAAGAAUUCACACUGGAGAAAGGCCAUAUAAGUGCGGCGAGUGUGGGAAGGCCUUCAGUCGAAGCACCAGCCUCAUUCAGCACUGCAGUAUUCACAGCGGUGCCCGGCCUUUCAAGUGUGGCCAGUGUGGGAAAUCCUUUAGGCAAAAGUCUGUUCUCAUUCAACACCAGGUCGUCCACACUGGAGAAAAGCCUUAUGAGUGCAGCAAAUGUGGCAAAUUCUUCAGCCAGCGUUCCAGCCUCAAUCUCCACCAAAAAUUUCACACCCUGGAGAGGUCCCAUGAACGAAGGAGAUAGGGGAAGUCCUUCACCCUAACACCUAACACUUGGCAAAGGCCGUGGAGGUGAAGGAAUGGUGCUGCCUCUCCUGUUCACGGUCAUUGCUUUAGACAGCUUUUGUGAGGGAGCCAUCUCUGACGUAGAACUUCAUCCUUCUACACGUCCCAAGAGGUGAGACUCCCCGAGUUCCCAGCAAGUGAGAGGCUUGCAGGAGCGGCACUGCGCAUCUCAGCUCCCUGGGCCCUUGGCAGCGUUCUCUUGCUAGUCUCCGAUGCGGGAACCUCACUUCUGCUGCCUUGCACAGCAGCCAUUGCUAGGACAAGGCAGCUGUCGCCUUCCAUUCCCUGGAGAAAGUUUUUGAGUUGUCUGAUCCCUUACAAUUUCUUUCCUGAUUUUUGAAGUGGGAAUCUGACCCAUUUUGAGCCCAGAGUGGGCUCCGCCGGAGGCUCAUAGGAAGGAUUUACCUUCUUCAUGGAAGUUGUUAGGUUUUACAUGACAUUUGUAGUUGGCUUUUCCUGCUUCUAAAUCACCCAAUAACUCUGCCUCCCACUGCUCCUGUUUGUACAGUAAUAAAGGUGUUAUUAAUCUACCUUUUAUCUUAAGGUGGUUUUCACUACUGUGUAUGGGUGAAAAAG